AUGGUUUGUAUUGCAAAAGAAUCCCGGCUGUUCGCUUUGGCUUUUGGUCCCGGUGGAGCAGCACGGACCGAGCCCGGCCCGGGGACUCGCUCCUCCCGGCCCUGCCCACCGGUGCUGCGGGGCUGCCGCUCCCGGCGGGGCCGGGGCGAGCACCGGGGGCUGAGCGCCCCCUGCCGGUACCGGGACCGAGCUCCCCCUGCCGGUACCGAGCUCCCCCUGCCGGUACCGGAGCCGAACUCCCCCUGCCGGUACCGGCACCGAGCUCCCCCUGCCGGGACCGAGCUUCCCCUGCCGAUACCGGCACCGAGCUCCCCCUGCCGGUACCGGCACCGAGCUCCCCCUGCCGGUACCGAGCCAAGCUCCCCCUGCCGGUACCGAGCCGAGCUCCCCCUGCCGGUACCGGCACCGAGCUCCCCCUGCCGGUACCGAGCGCCCUCCGCCGGUACCGGAGCCGAGCUCCCCCUUCCGAGUGAGAGCACCAGUGACAGAGGGUGCAGCAGUACCAGUUCCCUGCAAGCAGAUCUCUCCAACCUUGUGAUCUGGGCACACACUCAUGGCACCAUCUGCAACCAGAUCCCAGGCCUGGAAUUUAUGCAGAACACAGAUCAUGUGAGCAGUGACAACGCUGUGCUGUGGAUGUGCAGAGCUGGACAUGCCUACCACUGGCACUGUGGGAAGUCACACAGCACAGGUGAAGAAGUGACUGAGGCUGUAGGAGGGAGAAGGAGGCUCCUGUCUUCUGAGUCUUUGGCAAGAGAAUCCAGCUUUGAGGAAAAGAAGCUCAGGCUGACCCCAUCCUCUUUUGGGGUGGACCAAGAAGAUUCUGGGAGCACAGGGUCGUGUGGCAGAUCCCAGGGGGUCGCUGAGCAGAAAGCUGACAGCCCCUACACAAGGAAUAAUGAGCCCAAGGGGAGUCAAAAUAGCAGGAAAGCCAAAUUCUCUGCAGCAGAGCAGCACUUCUCCAUGUCUGGUAGCAGAGUCCAGACUGGUGAACAGGAUGUGAAGUCCAAAAGGUACAAAGACACAGAGAUCGUUAUCUCUGAUGAAGAGCAGUGUGAGGCAGAUGAAGACAGCAAAGGAGACAGAAUCAGCCAGGACAAUGUGCCAGAGCCAUCUGCUGAGAAGUUGCAGAUGCACCACUGCCAGGAGAUGGCAUUGCACCAGCCAACAGCCUCCCAAAAAACUGCCUUUGCCCCUACAGCAAAGCCACCCCUAGCCCGUGCCUACAUUCUGCAGGAUCCUGUCAGCAGCUCAGAGGAUCUGAGCAGGAACAUCCUGAGGCUGGCUCCCACCACUGCUGCAGGGCCCGUGGCUGAUGCUUGCAGAGCAAGGAGCCUCCCAGGGUCAGCAGCACCAAAGGGAUGUCCCAAACCCCUUCCUGUCCCCAGCACUGAAGCCCAGCCUGAAUCACCGCCCUCAGUGAUGUUCUUUGAGCUCCAAGCCACUGCUGCUGUUCAGCAACAUCUCCAGCUGAGCCCUUCAGAGUGUGGCACACUGGGAAUGGGCUCCAGUGGGGAUGGUGCUGAGAACGUGGGUGAGGACAGUGAGACAUCAGGAUCUGAGCAGACACCUUGUUCUUCAGCCUUCCAGAGUCCAGAGACACAUCCACCUGCAGCCUCAAAUGGAGAUGUGCUGAACAAGCAGAAGAAAAAGAAAAGCAAUAGCACUGCAGACAUAAAAGUGUUUGAAGAGUGGCUGAGGGGGCACCACCCCUCCGAGACACGCAAGAUCCACAGGCUGCCUCCUGCAGACCUCGACCACUACCUGCUCUCCUUCUUCACAUCUACCAAAAAACAGAAUGGCAUGGACUUUUCUGCCAAUUCCUUAAACACCUUCCGGUGCAACAUCAACAGGUACCUCCAGCAGCACAACUACCAGUACAGCAUAUUGAGAGGGCCAGAGUUCAAGGCCUCUCAGGAAGCCUAUAAAUUAAAACAUCAUUAUCUGUUUCAAAAGAAGAAGGAAGAGUGGAAUGUUGUGGAGAACCUGACAGGUGAAGAUGUGGCAAAUCUUCUUGAGAAGGGAAUUUUAAGCAAGACAAACCCUCAGGGCUUGUUGCGCCUUGUAUUCACCAACCUCAUUAGGGGGUUUGGGGCAAACACCCACCACCAGGCCCACCAGCUGUACUGGGGACAGGUGGUGCUGAGGAAGACCAAAGGAGAGGUGGAGUACUUGGAGUGGAAGGAUGAUCUGAGCCCUGAGGGAAAUGAAGGGGAGCUAAACCCACGGCUCUUUGCCAAGCCUGAGGAUCCAGAGAACUGCCCGGUCUCCAGUUACAAGGAGUAUGCCAGGAGGAGGCCAGCAGACAUGCUGGAGGACAACCACCCUCUUUACCUGUCUCCCAAGUCACUGUACUCUGUCUGGGACAAAGUGUGGUACAUCAGGAAGGCACUGUCAAAAGCCAAAAUUGAUAAAAUCUUGAAAGUUAUUACGCAGGAUGUCAGAGGAGCAGUAAGGAAGACCAAGAAAUAGGGGUGUCCCUUCAGCUUUGCCCCUUCAACCACCCCAAGGCUGCUCUGAAACACAAUCCUACUGCAAUAUUUGGUGUAGGUUGAGAACAGACAACCUUCUGCUGAGCUUCACCUUGGCACUGAAGGUACCUACAGAUCUGCAGUGCCUUGGCUUUCAGGGAAGUUCCUUUGUUGUUGUUUCUGUUACUGGAAUUGAUAAUUCAGUGAGUUAAUGAGAGUCCUCAGUUUCACAUUUGCCAAACGAGUUAAUGUUCUACCACACAGUCAAUGCUGUUAGAAACCACCACUGCUGACAC